AUGCCGUCCACUCCCAACUUGACCGCCGUCGAGCACUUCAACAAGAGUGCCGACAACUACGAGGCCACCACUGGCGGAGCCCCCCGCGAACUGGCGCAGCAUGCCAUCUCCCUUAUCGCGGGCCUGAAGCCCCUGACGUCCGAGUCCAAGAUCCUCGACAACGCAUGCGGCACCGGCAUCGUGACUGACAUCAUCAUCCAGUCCGGCAUCCAGCCCGAGAUUCACGCCGUCGACUGCGCGGAGAACAUGGUCAGCAUCGCCAGGGGCCGGUUCUCCUCCCACCCCAACGUCCACCCGGCCGUCAUGACCGGCGAGGAACUCGCCUUCCCCGACGACACCUUCACCCACUCCAUCACGAACCUCGGGCUCAUGUUCUUCACCGACGCUGACAAGGGCGCCAAAGAGAUCGCGCGCACACUUCACCCCGACGGAGUGGCCGUCGUCACCGGCUGGGCGAUGCGGGCGCCCUUCAAGAUCGUUCAGGAGGUCCAGGCGCAGAUCCGCCCCGACGAUACGCCGUUCAAGCGGCCCGUCGCGGACAUCUGGCUCGACCCCGAGCAUACCAAAGCCGUGCUGUCGGGUGCCGGGCUCGACGUGCACGCCAGCACUACGGUUGACGUGCACAUGGGCGGCGAGACAGCCGACGGGGUUGCUGAUCUUCUGACCAAGUUUGCUUUGAAGACAUUUGCGUCUUGGAGCGAGGAGGAAAAGGAGAAGGUCGCUGGGGUGAUGAAGAAGAUUGUGCAAGAGCGGGCCCUGACGGGGACUAUCUUUGUUGCGCGUAGGGAAUCUGGACGUGUACUAGCUAACUGA